ACUGAAUAAGCAAGUGAAUUGUCCAGUUAUGGGGACUCAAAAGUUUUUCACAAUUCAUUUUCAGUGCACCUAAAACAUCUAAGAAGGCCUAAUUUGGACAAUCAAAUUAUAAGUAAGAAGUAUUUAAAGGACGGAGCACAACAACAACCACAAACACUGAUAACAGAGCUUGAACUUAUUCACCACAUCGUGUGAGCGAGUGAGCGCGCUGAAUGAAACUUUGGACUGCGAGUGGAGAUUGUGAGUGGACUGUGGGGGACAAGUGUUUAGUCGACGCUUAGCCUCUGACAGGUGCAGCCGAGCAAUUGUGAGCGAGUGUGAUGGCAACUAUUGUGAGAAAAUUAAUAAGCACAGCCAAUGCCGCCAAACCGGUAGCGCCCUACAAUCAAGCCGUGGUGGCCGAUCGUACGGUGUAUGUGUCCGGCUGCUUGGGUCUGGACAAGAACACCAUGCAGCUGGUGCCGGGAGGCGCCUCCGAACAGACUGUUGCGGCCCUGCAGAAUCUGGAGGCAGUGCUGAAGGCAGCCGACUCUGGCAUUGACAAGGUCAUCAAGAACACAGUCUUUCUCAAAGAUCUGAACGACUUUGGGGCGGUCAACGAGGUGUACAAAAAAGUGUUCAACAAAGAUUUCCCCGCGCGCAGCUGUUUCCAAGUGGCCAAGCUGCCCAUGGACGCCCUGGUCGAGAUCGAGUGCAUCGCCAUAACGGGAGCCGUCCGCACCCAGACCGUCCAAUAGCAAUCAAAGUUGUGAGCGGUCGAGCCUCAAUAAAGUCGUUGAUUGUGUAGAAUAAACUGCAA